UCCUUGUUGACAAAAUAAUCUUCCAGAGGUCAAAGGGCUCCUGAAAUUCGGCUCAAGGGUUCAGUUAAUCUUUCGUCCCGAUGAGUUCUACGUGGAAUGCGGGUUUUCUAGUCGGGGUCAAUAGGGGAAAUUCUUAUAAAUAAAAUGAAUAAUCGUUCGUGGAAUAAUGUUUGCAGGGAGGGCACUGGUGGGGAUAGACUGGCUGCACUUCGUCUCGGUACAUCGAGGCCUGCAGUAGUUGAAAGACGCGCCGGCUUGCCAACCGUGCGCCAUCACCGUAAUUACGGAUUAACGUCAACACGGGCUAAAGGGAAGAUUAUGUGCCUCGCGGAACAGCUAAGAGCUUUAAAAAUUGAUAAUGAUAAUGAGCAGAUUGUGUUUCAAGAGCCCGAAUUAUUUGCCCAGGGCUUUCCAAUAUUCGAGGAGAUCAGGAGACAGGGUAAACUCUGCGAUGUCACGCUCAAGAUUGAGGAUCAGACGUUCAGCGCUCACAGAAUUGUUCUCGCUGCGACUAUUCCGUAUUUUCAUGCUAUGUUUUUGAAUAAUAUGAUUGAGAGCAAGCAAAAGGAUAUUACGAUGCAGGGGUUUGAUGCAAUCGCCCUGGAAGCCCUAAUAAAUUUCGCCUACAGUGGAAAAGUCACCUUGAACAAAGACAACGUACAAAGUAUCAUGAUGGGCGCUUCUUUUCUCCAAUUAACCAAAGUCCGUGACGCAUGUGCUGACGUAUUAAAGUCGCAUUUACAACCACACAAUGCCCUGGGAAUUUGCAGCUUCGCAGAUAGACUUAGCUGUCCAGGUCUCGUGGAACAAGCCACCAAAUACAUUCACCAAUACUUCCAUCAUGUCUCACUGUCCGAGGAAUUUUUGUCGUUACCCUUCAGUGAGCUGAAGGAGUUAAUUUGUAAGGACGAAUUGUAUGUUGUGUCUGAGGCACAGGUGUUCGAAGCCGUCCUCAGGUGGGUUAAACACAAGGAGGAGAGAAUUGAGUACCUGCCAAAAUUGCUGAUUCUCGUGAGAUUGCCACUGCUAAGUCCUGAAUAUCUAGUGGAUCACGUGGCUAAAGAAGAGUUGAUCAAACGCUCUCAUGAGUGCAGAGAUCUCGUGGACGACGCCAAAGACUGUCACCUGAUGCCAGAGCGAAAGCACCUUCUAGAGUCCUUCAGAUUUCGACCGCGUCUCUGUGAUGACCUUGUGGGAGACAUUUUUGCAGUGGGCGGCCUCACUAAAUACGGAAAUUCCUUGAGUACAGUCGAGGUUUACGAUCCCUACAAAUGCACCUGGCGGCAAUCAGAAGCCAUGACGAUGGACAGAAGUCGAGUGGGAGUGGCGGUACACCAGAACAAACUCUACGCCUUUGGUGGGUAUAACGGUGUCGAGAGGCUGUCCACAGUGGAGCUUUAUCAUCCAGCCUUGAGGAGCUGGAAGAUCAUUGCCCCCAUGCACUACAAGAGGAGUGCUGUGGGAACAACUGCCCUGAAUGAUUAUUUGUACGUAUGUGGGGGUUACGACGGCGUCAUAUCCCUUAACAUCGUGGAGAGAUACUGUCCAGCCACGGACAAAUGGCAAAUUCUUCGACCUAUGAACAAACAUCGCUCUGCGGGCGGAGUGAUUGCAUUCGAGGGAUAUAUUUAUGCUCUUGGAGGUCACGAUGGCCUCUCCAUCUUCGAUUCAGUUGAACGUUAUGACCCACAGACUCGGGUCUGGACCACUGUCAAACCCAUGCUGACGAGGAGAUGUCGUCUGGGUGUGGCCACUCUCUAUGGAAAGCUCUAUGUCUGUGGGGGCUAUGAUGGGUCGACAUUCCUGCAGACUGUGGAGGUCUACGAUCCCCAGAAAGACACCUGGGAGUUUGUCGCCCCCAUGAACAUGAUGAGAAGUCGAGCGGCUCUCGUUGCCAAUAUGGGCAAACUGUGGGCUAUUGGUGGGUAUGACGGGGUCUCCAAUUUGUCAGCUGUCGAGGUUUACGAUCCCAGGAGCAAUACGUGGUCUUUUGCAGCACCAAUGUGUGCGCACGAGGGGGGAGUGGGUGUGGGAGUCAUUCCAAAUCCUUACUGUUAGGGGGAAUUUUAGCAGAAAUUUCGGGAGAUUCCGCGAGUGAAAAGUGAUUACCGGAAACUUUUUCGAUUCUAUUUUUCGUUGACGAUUUUUACGGUAUUGCAUGCACGGUCUUGCCUUGCGGGGGGUCUUAUGAGCGAAAUGAACAUUUUUUUAUUUAAGAUAUUUUGAUAGGUGAAUUGUAGAAAAUUUUCGGAAAUAAGGAUGUGAUCUCAUUUUGUACUAUUUUAAUUUAUAUGUAUUUUAUGGUAAUGUGAUUGAAGAAUUGUAAAUGAAUAUGGAUGAAUUGAUAUUGAAUAAAAAAAUCGGGCUUAAAUGCUGA